UGCAAGCUAGUGCAUCGGUAGCGCGGUGUUGCAAUCGUCCAGGAACAAGACAUCAUCAACGCUCCGAAGAUGCUCAUCGCCGGCACACAUCACACGCCUAACAUCUGUCGACUUGCCUUAUUUCGGUGUUCGGUUGUUUGUUGACCGGGUACUCAAGAUCUCCCACCUAUCAUGGGGGUCAACCCGCACCACUUUGCUUACCACCCAAUACGCUUCACCUUGCGUAAUGCUCUUCCCCUGUCACAUACACCAGACCUUGAUAGCAAACUUGGCUGGCAGAACAUUCCAUAACAAGCAAGGAAAGGCUACUGACACUCUUGGUAGAAGACAUGUUCAUCACAACUGUAUAGCACCAUCACCUCUCAACCGUCGCCGCAAGCGCGGUGCAAAAUGUACCGCCAGUCCUAUCAAGAACACAGCCGACAGAAUCCCAAGUGGAAGCCCUAUCACGACUCCUAAGUUGGGUUCCUUCUCAGAUCCUCCUACCUUGGGAUAUGGUGUCGGUACAGCCGUAGACGUGGGUGUCACUUUGUCGAAAUCACAUCUUAACGGCUUUCCUGGCUCGUACUUCACAUGUUUUCCGCGUGCAUCACAUGCCCUCAAAAGCUCAGUUUGAGUGACCGGCUCGGUCGUUGGUUUCUCGUAUAGCUUGUCUGUGUUCAGAUCACCCGUAUACAGUUGGAAGAGCCAGUCGUCGCCCUCAGCUCUCGCGAGCUUGUAGUUUGCCAG